CGCGUGGCGUGGACGUGCCUUAGUUACUUCUUUAGAACAAUGCAACGAUUUUUGGGAAGAAACACUCAGUGCCUGCUGCUACGAUGUGGUCAUCGCUAUCUGGCCACCACACCUGUGGAGGAGGUUCUAUUCCCCACUAAAUCGGAUUUUCCUAGCCGUCAUAUUGGACCUCGCAAAACGGAUGUGGUUGCCAUGUUGGAUACUUUGGGUUACAAGUCCCUGGCUGAGCUCACUGAAAAAGCUGUACCCCAAAGCAUUCAACUGAAGAGGGAACUCGACCUGGACAAACCUCUGAACGAACACGAGCUUAUCCGCCGAAUCCGCGACAUCUCCCUGAAGAAUCAGCUGUGGCGCUCGUACAUCGGAAUGGGUUACCAUAACUGCCAUGUGCCGCACACGAUUAUCCGGAAUAUGUUUGAGAAUCCGGGUUGGACCACGCAGUAUACACCGUACCAACCGGAAAUUGCCCAGGGUCGCUUGGAAUCGCUUCUGAACUAUCAGACUCUAGUAUCCGAUCUUACCGGCUUGGAUGUGGCCAAUGCCUCGCUUUUGGAUGAGGGAACCGCUGCUGCCGAAGCCAUGUGCCUGGCCACUAGGCACAACAAGCGGAAGAAACUAUAUCUGUCCAACAGGGUUCACCCGCAGACUUUGUCCGUGGUAAAAACUCGAGCUGAAGCAUUGGAGCUAGAAAUCGUGGUGGGUCCCAUUGAACAAGCCGAUCUACCAAGUCGCGAAUUGGCUGGUAUUCUUCUACAAUAUCCGGAUACUUAUGGCGAUGUCAAGGACUUUGAGGAUAUAGCAGCUUUGGCCAAGAAGAAUGGAACUCUUGUGGUGGUAGCCACCGAUCUCUUAUCCCUAACACUCCUUCGUCCUCCUGCGGAAUUCGGUGCGGACAUUGCCGUAGGAACCUCUCAGCGUUUAGGAGUUCCCCUGGGCUAUGGUGGUCCUCAUGCUGGAUUCUUUGCCUGCAAGCAAAGUUUGGUGCGAUUGAUGCCCGGAAGAAUGAUUGGCGUGACCCGAGACAUGGAUGGAAAUGAUGCUUAUCGUUUAGCUCUGCAGACAAGGGAACAGCAUAUUCGAAGGGAUAAGGCAACUAGUAACAUUUGCACGGCACAAGCUCUACUGGCCAACAUGUCGGCCAUGUACGCUAUUUACCAUGGUCCGGAGGGUCUGAAAGCCAUGGCCAAUCGCAUUCACCACUUCACACUAACACUACAAACAGGACUCUUGGGAGCAGGUCACGAAGUGGUCAACAAGAAUUUCUUUGACACACUGCACAUUAAACUGAGUGGAAAUCAAUCUCUGGAGGAUCUGAAAGAACGUGCCGAGCACAAGCGUAUUAAUCUCCGAUAUCUAGAAGAUGGAACUGUUGGUGUGGCUUUGGAUGAAACGGUCAGUGUGUCGGAUGUAGAUGACCUUCUGUGGGUUUUCAAGGCAGAGGCAACAGUGGAACACAUCCUGGCUCGUCGAGAUGUCCUUAAAAACUCAAUUGAAAACUCCAAGUUCCUGCGUACGUCGCCCUUCCUUCAGCAUCCCAUUUUCCAGAGUUAUCAUAGUGAGUCCCGAAUGGUGCGUUACAUGAAGAAACUGGAGAACAAGGACAUCUCCCUUGUCCACUCAAUGAUCCCUCUGGGAUCGUGCACUAUGAAGCUCAACUCCACCACCGAGAUGAUGCCCUGUUCCUUCCGCCACUUUACCGAUAUCCAUCCCUUCGCUCCCGUAGAACAAGCCCAGGGCUUCCAUCAGAUGUUCAACGAGCUAGAGCGUGAUCUGUGUGAGAUUACAGGGUACGAUAGAAUCUCCUUCCAGCCGAAUUCAGGUGCACAGGGAGAGUAUGCCGGACUAAGAGCCAUCAGGAGUUACCAUGAGCACCGAAAUGAAGGUCACAGAAAUAUCUGCCUGAUUCCCAUCUCCGCUCAUGGAACAAAUCCAGCUUCUGCUCAAAUGGCAGGAAUGAAGGUGGAACCUAUUAAGAUAUUGUCAAAUGGUUCCAUCGACAUGGCCCAUUUGAGAGCUAAAGCGGAGGAACACGCCCAUGAAUUAUCCUGCCUAAUGAUUACUUAUCCAUCGACCAUGGGAGUUUUCGAAGAAACCGUCGCGGAUAUAUGCACCCUGAUCCACAAACAUGGAGGACAAGUGUACCUAGAUGGAGCGAACAUGAAUGCCCAGGUGGGUUUGUGUCGCCCAGGAGAUUAUGGUAGCGAUGUCUCGCAUCUGAAUCUGCACAAGACCUUCUGCAUUCCGCACGGAGGAGGUGGCCCUGGAAUGGGUCCCAUUGGCGUUAAAGCCCAUUUGGCACCUUACCUGCCAGGACAUCCAGUAGUCAGUCCCUUGAGCAGCGAGGAGCACAGUUUUGGUGUGGUUUCCGCUGCUCCCUUUGGCAGCUCUGCCAUUUUGCCCAUUUCUUGGUCUUACAUCAAACUCAUGGGCAGUCGGGGAUUGAAGAGAGCCACCCAAGUGGCCAUCCUGAAUGCCAAUUACAUGUCCAAGAGGUUGGAGCAGCACUAUAAAACUCUCUACAAGGCACCCAACUCUCAGUUGGUUGCCCACGAGUUUAUUUUGGAUAUUCGCGAUCUGAAAAAGACGGCCAACAUUGAGGCAGUGGAUGUGGCUAAGCGACUUAUGGAUUAUGGUUUCCAUGCUCCAACGAUGUCCUGGCCUGUGGCUGGAACUUUGAUGAUUGAACCUACAGAAUCCGAGGACAAAGAGGAGUUGGAUAGGUUCUGUGAUGCCAUGAUCUCCAUUCGAGAGGAGAUCGCUGAGAUCGAGGCGGGUCGCAUGGACAAGACGGUGAAUCCCCUGAAGAUGUCACCUCACACUCAAGCUCAAGUUAUCUCAGAUAAAUGGGAUCGUCCUUACACUAGGGAGCAGGCUGCCUUCCCAGCUAUAUUUGUAAAACCAGAUGCCAAGAUCUGGCCCACUGUGGGCAGAAUUGAUGAUGCCUAUGGCGAUAAGCAUCUUGUCUGCACAUGCCCGCCAAUAUUGCCUGAUUUAUAAGCCAAUUUAGAUUUAAGAAAAAACUUAAUACUUGAUUUAUAAGACCAAUUAAAGUACCUUUUUAUAUAAAGUUUAUUUUAAAUUAUCAACUA